CUAGCAGGAGUAACAACAGAGAAAUGUUACUCCCAGUAACCAGAAUUCACUUAUUAGGGAGCUUAGCUUGGCUGAGAUCUGCACUUUCAUUGUAUUCUAAAAGGCAGCAAAUCUGUAUUCCGAGAGAGAGAGAGAGAGAGAGAGAGAGAGAGAGCUGUUCUGAAGCACAAUCUUUAUAAAGCCAGACAAAACUCUCACCAUAACAAGUGCCUCACACACACACACACACACACACACACAGCUAGUGAUCACAGUUAUUAGAUCUGCGAUAUUAUGGAAGCCCAACUGUUCCAUCGUCGAGGAAAAGGACAGAGGUUGCAGAGAGAAAAAAGCUCCAGAACUAAAUCAACCCUACAUUCAUCUCUGAAGUCUCACACAUCCUGGCAAACUUAUCUUGGAAUAGCUGCAUCAUUAGCAACAGGACUCAUCUCAGCUGUGUUGGCUUGGUAUUGCUAUGUGGUUGCACCUGCACAGACAGACCUGGUGAAGAUGAUGCAGGUGGACCUGCGGCAGAAUGGCUUUACCAUUGAAAACUGGAAUGGAGAGGUGGUCUUCAGAUUGGCCUUCCAAUCAGGCAUCCUUGACCUGGAGUCUUGCUCUGAGGAAGGGGAAGUUUUAAUCUGUACUGGCACAGAAAAAGGGGUGUUUAAUUUCAUCCUCCAAACUGUCAAGCAGAAAGAUGCUGUGAUGUGUUACAAUGUCUGCUGGGAAGAGUUUGUAGCAGACACGGUCGUUGAGCACAAAAUGUUCUGGGGGGAUGCCCACUGGUAUGGAGGCUAUGAGAUGAGCGAACAGCAGUGGCCAAUUAUGCUCCCUGGAAGCCAAGAACCUAUGGCAUUUGUGACCAGCGAUGUGUAUUCUUUCAGGAACAGCUUUGGGGGCAUCCUGGAGAGGUACUGGUUGUCCUCCAAAGCAGCAGCCAUCAAGAUUAAUGACUCGGUGCCCUUUCACCUUGGGUUCAACGCCUCUGAAAGGUCCCUCGUCUUCCAAGCCAGGUAUAAAGAUUCCCCAUAUGAGCCUUUAUUAGGGCAUCAGCCCUUUCCAGAACUGAGUUACCAUAUCUGCAUAGGCUCAGACAUGACUUCUGUCCACAAAUACAUGGCAAAGAGCCAUUUCAAAAAACCUUUGAAGGUUCCUUCAGAAAGGAUGUUCCGGUUUCCAAUCUGGUCAACAUGGGCCAUGUACAAAAAAGAGGUUGACCAGGAUAAAAUUCUGGAAUUUGCACAGAUGAUUCAGAAUUACAGUUUCAAAUACAGCCACAUUGAAAUAGAUGACAUGUAUAUGCAGAAUUAUGGUGACUUUGACUUUGACCCCUUAAAGUUCCCUCAUGUGAUGGAUAUGUUUGACAAACUUAAGAAAGAUGGAUUUAAUGUUACCAUCUGGAUACACCCCUUUGUACAUAAAAAUUCCCCAAACUUUGAGGUAGCGAUAGAGAAGCAGCUUUUUGUCACAGAGCACAGAGGGGCAUUCCCUGCUUUGGUUCAGUGGUGGAAUGGCGUGGGCGCCAUAUUGGAUUUCACCAACCCUUUAGCCAGAAACUGGUUUCAGAGCCAUCUGAGGCAAUUCCACACUAAGUAUGGCAUAUCAUCCUUCAAGUUUGAUGCUGGUGAAACGUGUUAUCUUCCCAAACAAUUCCGCACCUUCAGUCCCUUGUCAGAUCCUAGCAUCUGGUCCCAGCACUAUGCAGAAAUGGCCAUUCCUUUCCAUGAACUUGCAGAGGUCCGAGUCGGGUACCGAUCCCAGCAUAUCUGUUGUUUUGUUCGUAUUAUUGACCGAGACUCAAUCUGGGGGCAUGAGCUUGGGCUAAAGUCCUUGAUCCCUACAGUGUUGACCAUUGGCCUUUUGGGAUACCCUUUUGUUCUGCCAGAUAUGAUUGGUGGAAAUUUUCUCCCCAACAAAACAGAUGGUGCUGUAGACAUCCCAGAGAAGGAGCUUUACAUCCGAUGGCUGGAGCUGUCAGCCUUCAUGCCUUCCAUGCAGUUCUCCAUCCCACCCUGGCUUUAUGACAAAGAGGUCAUAGAAAUUGCCCUGAAGUUCACAAGGCUCCAUGAGUCUUUGGUUGCCCCCCUCUUGUUGGAGCUGGCCGGGGAGAUUACCGACACUGGGGACCCCAUCAUACGCCCCAUCUGGUGGAUUUCUCCCAGCGACGAGUCUGCGCACAAGAUAGAUUCCCAGUUUCUCAUUGGGGACACCCUGAUGGUGGCUCCUGUCUUGGAGAUGGGCAAGCAAGAGCGAGAUAUUUACAUCCCAGCGGGCAAAUGGCGCAGUUACAAAGGAGAGUUGUUUGAAAAGACACCCACCUUGGUGACGGAUUAUCCUGUUGAUUUGGAUGAAGUAGCUUAUUUCAUGUGGGCUUCUUAAGCGACCUCAGAGCCAGAGCCAGAGCAAGGACUCAACCUCCUCAUCUCUAGCCCUCAAGGUGACUUUGACUUAAUUUGUUUAUCUUUAAACCGGUAUUUCUGCACAGAGCAAUUUAAAAAAAGCUAAUAUAUUCUUGUUACAGUCCUGAUAUGGCUUUUAGUUCUGCUGAAUCUGUGCUGCUUACAAUCUUUUUAUCUCACUCUUCCACGACUGGGAAGGGCUGUUAUCUCUACGUUGCACAUGAGGAACUCAGGACCAGGUUAACUAUUUGACGUGUGAGCAUGGAGCAAGGCUAACUUUCAAUAUAAUGGGUUGAUUCCACACAGCACAGUAGGAGUGCUUUGGGAGUGAUUUUCCAUGGAGGACUAUACACUGAAACUAUCAUGGAAAAUGGAUACGGAUGAUGCAAACAAGGUUCUGUGAGCCGAACACCUUUUAUUAGUCGAAGAUAAUUAUUCUGUGUGGUUUGCAAAACUGGGUGUGUCCUACACCAAAAAUAUCCAAAUUAUGCAUCAUUGUAUCUUUCUUUCAGAAUAAAUUACAUCUGCACAAUUGCACAA